UAUCACCAGGUUUAUGACGACCAUUUCAUCAGUGCGGUGGUUCUCUCUCUGAUCCUGGGUGCCCUGUUUGGCCUUAUCUAUCUACUAAUGAUCCCACAGGGGAUGCUGGUGUUGCUGCUGCUGGUGCUGUGUGUGUGUUUCCAUGUGGCUUGUGUGAUGUACCUGCAUCUCACCAGAGUUCAGUGCCAACCAGGCUGUCUGACCAUCCAGAUCCGAACAGUCCUCUGCAUCUUCUUGGUUCUGCUCACCUACUCUGUUACACAAGCCUGUGUGGCAGCUUGUGUACCGUGGGGUAACAUCGAGAGGAACUCUAGCCAUUUUGUGGAAGACAUCCCUGCCGACGCCCUCGGGGUCGGACCUGCCAACAGCACCGCAGUGGACAGGACGGGUCCCGGCAUGGCCUACGCUCUGCUGUCCUGUGUGGCCGGGACUCUCACUGUGGUCCCCUACCUCCGUGUUUCAUCGCUCCCGAAGAUCCUGCUGCUCCUCCUCCUCUCCCUCACAUACACUGCGGUUAUGGAAAGCAGUGGCUACCGUCAGGCUGUGGGUGGUGGCUUUCUGCACACGCGAGGCUACGAUCCCGUGUUGGCCGUCUUGCUAUUUUCUGGAGCUCUGGCUCUUCAUUCCAGGCAGUUGGAUUUCAAGCUGCGGCUCGAUUAUCUUUGGGCAACUCAGGCAGAGGAAGAGAGGGACGACAUGGAGAAGGUGAAGCUGGACAACAAGAGGAUCCUGUUCAACCUGCUGCCAGCUCAUGUGGCUCAGCAUUUCCUCAUGUCAAACCCCAGAAACAUGGAUCUUUACUAUCAGUCCUACGCUCAAGUUGGUGUUCUGUUUGCCUCCAUCGCUAACUUCAAUGACUUCUAUAUUGAGCUGGAUGGGAACAACAUGGGAGUCGAGUGUCUGAGGCUGCUCAAUGAGAUCAUUGCAGACUUUGACGAGCUCAUGGAUAAAGAGUGCUACAGGGAUAUUGAGAAAAUCAAGACCAUUGGCAGCACAUAUAUGGCUGCAGUGGGGCUGGUUCCUACCACUGCUUCUAAGACAAAAAAGUCCAUCACCUCACACUUAUGCACAGUGUCAGACUUUGCCAUGGAGAUGUUUGACGUUCUGGAUGCCAUCAACUACCAGUCCUACAAUGACUUUGUCCUGAGAGUAGGAAUCAACGUUGGCCCCGUAGUGGCAGGAGUGAUUGGAGCCCGGAGGCCUCAGUACGACAUCUGGGGAAACACCGUUAAUGUAGCCAGCAGGAUGGACAGUACAGGAGUACAAGGAAAAAUACAGGUGACGGAGGACGUCUACCGCCUCAUUACCGACCACUACAACUUUGUCUGCCGUGGUCAGGUCAGUGUGAAGGGCAAGGGCCAGAUGCUUACAUACUUCCUGGAGGGCCGUAGAAAAGGGAGCAGGCCCUCUCAGAGCCUGCAGCCACAGCAUACCAACAGUGAGCGGCGUUCGAGCGCCUUCACCCAUGGCAGCGUUUGUACCAGGCUAAGCCCGGCACCCACAGUGACCAGCUACUCGAACAUCAGGACCCCUAGCCCGGGCGUGCCCAAACCAAACGCCUCCACCAGCACCACCAGGUACCUGCCAUCUGCUUCUGCCGCGGUGGUGUAACACAUGCUGUCCCAAAGAGAAGUUUGGGGAAACAAGAAAAUAAGAGUGGAGGUAGGGGAAAAAGGAUCCCUGUAGCACAGAAAAGCUUGUCUCUACUCUUUGUCGUAGUUUUUGUGGAGCACAGGGAGGUGGAGAUGCUGGUGCUUCAGCAGGAGGCCUUGACUCAAGUCUGUUUUUCUGUGGGACAGUCAAAAUGCCUCAAUCGGACUCUUACCUUCCUGUUCGAGCAGGCUGUCUCAAUCAGGAUGUGGGAUGCAUUAGCCACGUUGCUUCACCAUAAUCCAAGGCCAAGGAAGUCUCCGGGAUCUGCCAAAAACCCUUUUCCUCAACUGACGGUGUAGCAUGCAAGCCUCUCACAACGACUAACACCUGGGAAUUCCUUUAAACUGACCAUUUUAUCAGAGUGUAUAUACAACACCGAUGUUUUUGCCUUAGCCCCAGCUCCUCACGAAAGGUUCAUGUCUCUUUUUUUGUUGCCUUUUUGUUCAUUUCUGGAUUUUUUUUGGAGAUGAGUGAAGAUGAAUUGUAAACAGGGUUAUUGCUGUCUGACCGUAUUUUUAAAGCCAAAUGUUUUAUCAGUGCAGACAGGCAAUGGGAUAAUAUUGCCAAAAAAAUAAGGCUUUGCCUUAAGGCACUUACGGGUUGGGGAUGCUGUUCACUUUACUGAAACCCUCUAAUGGCACACAUAGUUACUUACUUAAAAAAAAAAAAAAAAAAAUCAAGUGCAUGAUGCCACUGCUGCAUUUAAGUCGCGUUUGCCGUCCGUUUCCCUGUGAUGCUUGACGUCCAGACUCUUCCUCGUCAAAGUGUAGCAAUAAAGCAGUUUUUCUUAUCUCAGCGUGUUCUCUCUUUGCAUGCUGUAGCCUGCUGGGUCCCAAGUUGACCUGAUAGUGUUUGUAGCUAAUAGAGUGCACAUAGCUUGCCACACCGGUCUUUAUCUCUGUGGAGUUGAAGCAUGACUUAGAGAACCUUUGUUUUAGUUUGGUGAGAUACCCUCUUUAUUUAUUUUUUUUAAAGAAAAUGUUUUUCUGUUUAUGAAGACAUAUAUGCUCCUGUUGAAAUGUUCUAUUUAGCUAUUUUUAUUAAACUCAGAGCUGUCUCAGUAGAGAAAAGAAAAUGUGUGUGCGUUUAUGAGGAGACACCCAAACCUCUGGUUCUGGCCUCGUCAUGCAAACCCAGAUGAUUUAUUUUAUACUAUAACACUCGCAGUAUGGCUUACCACAGCCAUUAACUCUCUUCUAAUCAGUUUUAGCAUGCAAUGCCUGCAAGCCUGCGGCUCGUACAUGCAUGCUUUGAUGAAACACGGAUGCAGGCCAAGCAGCAGACACGCAGAGCCUCUUUUUUUUUAAUGUUGUCCUCAUGCAUGCGCUAACAUUAGCAGUUCCUCUUGAAUGUACGGUGCUUUAUUGAAACGUCUUCUUUACGAGCUUGGCGUGUGAAUCUUAAUGAGGACAUAUUUCAGGAUAGAUUGACAUCAGGAAGCAUGUCGGAGGGCAGGGGGUGCUUCUCCUCCUUCUCACCCUCUGUCUUGCUCCUGCUGUAUUAGAACAGGUAGCUGUUUCUUUCAAACGUGCCAACCUAUUUUCAUAAACAUAUCAAACAAACGUUUCGUCUUGAGCUGUAGCACAACCGAAUGUGUGUGUGGCUAUGGUUCCUUUGGGAUAUUUUUUGUGUUGAAUGCCUGUAUUUUUACUAUUUGAACUGUUCCUGAACAGGUUUUUAACUAAACACAAAGGCAAGUGUCAAUUUUGGAGAAUUUAUUUCACAGACAUGUUGUACUUAUAUUUAACAUAGAUUAAAUAUCUAGUAUCUCAGACGCUUGGUUUGAGCUUUGAAGUGAGGAUUUUUAUAAAGUUGCUUUAAGACAAUUGAUGGAAAGUUACUGGAAAUUACUUGUGCAUAGUAUUUUUCUUGUAAAUUGGAUAUUUUCAUACUAUAUGAUACGGGUUUUCGUUGUUAAAUGUAGGUAUUACUUGCUAAUAUUGUCUAUUUCUGAGAUAUAUUCUGAAUUAUUUGAUAUGUGUCAGGUUCCAUUUGUUGAAGAUGUAUUUAUGGAGAUGUUUUAUGUGAAUGUACAUUUUGUUAAAGAUGAUAUUUUAUACCGUGUUUGCACUGCUAGAUUGACGUAUUAUGAAGAUUAUAAAAAUAAAGCCAGCAGGGUUGUCUCCUGCAGUAAGAA